CAAGGUGAAGUCUCCAGAAGGACUUCGUGCAAAAUAGAAUAAGCUAUGUUUCGAAUACCCACAGGUUUUGAGAGUAAGCUUUUGCACACUUGAUAACACUGUCAGCACUGCUCUGUCGGCUGUUUGGGCCCCCGACGCUGCUGCUUGCCCAGUUGGCAGAGAGAUGUGAUGCUACACGUCACACCAGAAAAAUCAAAAAGUAUAUAAAAAAAAAUCUCGUCUCCGCUUUUCAAGCCGAUAGCUGAUUUAGAGAAGAAGGUCAUGUCAGCAUUCUUUGAAGCUACUAACAUCACGAAGGCUCGCCCAGAUGGAUCCAUUCUCUUCAGAAAUGUUUGCAUUAGUUUGGAAAGAGGUGACGUCCUCACUCUCCGAGGACCCAGCGGUGUAGGGAAGACCACCUUGCUAAAAUGUUUGGCUGAGCUCAUUCCACAUGAAUCAGGAAUAUCUAUGUUGGACGGAAAGAAGGUAUCAGACAUGGGAGUCCCAGUUUGGCGAUCAAAAGUGAUGUAUGUUCCUCAAAGGCCAUCAGCUCAUGCGGGAACUCCGCUUGAUCUUUUCAACCAUGCAUCAAAGUAUGCUAGUCAAUCAAAGAAAGGCAAACUAGGAGAUCCAAUUGACUUUGGAAUUGAGUGGGGUUUGAGCGAGUCUCAUUUCCAUGAGAACUGGAGCUCAUUAUCUGGAGGAGAAAUGCAACGAGCUGCCUUGGCCGUUGCCCUUGCUCUCAAUCCGGAUGUUUUACUCUUAGAUGAACCUACUUCUGCUUUGGAUCCCGAAUCUACAUUAUUGGUAGAAAAAACUCUCAAAUUAUACACUUGUGUUUGGAUUACUCAUAGCCCGGAACAAUCGGAAAGAGUUUCAACCAAGACAUUGACUCUAGGGCGAGGGCGAAAGGGAUCUUCCGCUGUUGUGGAAACCGUCGUGAAUGGGCAUCCAGACGAGGAGGUAGCAUUAAAUAUGGGAUCAAAUCCUGUCUCAGCUUAGUUAUUAUAAUUGGCCAUUCUUCCCUCUUAUUUAUUUCGCAGAUAGCAAGCUAUCCCCCAAUUUACAUUUGUAACAU